UUUCUUACGCCGAGUUGCAGUUAUUACGGGGUUCUACGAUUGACUCUAUUUUCUUCUCAGAUGAUUUUCUCACUCGUCUUCUCAUCAUCCUGCGAUCCUUUGUAAUUUAUCGAGUGUUUCAUCACCAAUUGGUCUCUACAAACGUAUGUAAGAUAAAAAUCCAAACCCUAGAUUAUAUAUAAUGGAUGAAGAAUGCAAAACGACCGCUUUUGUAGACGUAGAGGAAGGUGAGAUCUCGGAUUCAGCUUCGGUUGAAGAGAUCUCUAAGGAGGCUUUCAAUAAGCAGGGAGACCCUUCGCCUCCCAUUUCUUCUGCUUCUAGUACUGCCGCUACAGCUGGGAAGGCGAAUUCGAAUGGCAAUGUUGCGAGUGACCCGAAACCUGCUCGUGUUUGGACAAUGAAAGACCUGUAUAAUAACUAUCCGAUCUCGAGGGAUUACGCUAGGGGUUUAUAUAAUUUAGCUUGGGCUCAGGCUGUUCAAAAUAAGCCUUUAGACGAGCUAUUCGUGAUGAAGAAAUCUGGGGCAGAUGCUUCGGAUAAGGGGAGCGGUGAGGAGAGUAAGAACGAUGCGAUUGUGAUUGAUGUAGAAGAUGGUGUUAAGGAAGACGAGGAGUUGGAGGAGGGUGAGAUCGAUUUGGAUUCGGAGGCUUUUGAAAACGGGGAUUUGAAGGAGGUUACUUCGGUGGCAAUGGUAGUGGGUGAUGCUGAGGAGAAGGUUAAUUUGAUUAAGGAAGAACUACGUAGUCUUACUGUAGAAGAAGCAUGGAAACCAUUCAAUGAAGCCUGCUCCAAAUUGCAAAGAUUGUUGGAUAGUUUGCACGAAAUUGUUUCUGAGAAUUCAUUAUCCGAGAAUGAAGCUUUGGCUGAAUUAUUUUUGACUGCCAUUCGAACUGCUAUAGCUGUGCUGUACUCUAUGAAACAGGCGGAGAAAGAGAAACAUAAAGACCCCUUAUCCAGAGUCCUUGUUGGUGCAAGUAGGAAAAUGACUCAACUUUUCUCCAAACAGCAGUUGCAUGAGGUGGGCAAGCUGUUGCAUUCUUUAGAUCUUUCAUCUAUUUCUUCGAAGAUUGAAGAUGGUGAUAAGGCCUUGGAGAUGAGAGUGGUUCAAGUGGUUAAUGAGAAUGAAUCAGACACAUCAUCUGUUACAGAUAUGUUUCAAGAUUCAGCAUUAAUGAACAGAAUGGAUUUGGAAUCAAUGACAGCAAAUGGUAUCAUUCAUAAUGAAUCUAAGAUGUCUAUUGAAUCUUCGAGACAGGCCUCUAAACUUAGAGGGUUAUCGCUUCCUUUGCUAGACCUUCAUAAGGAUCACGAUGCAGAUAGUCUUCCAUCUCCUACAAGAGAAACUCAGUCUCUCCUUCCUAGUGAUAAGGCAUUAUCAGGGGAACGUGGAGUAAUGAAACCUGAGUUCCCCUUUCCAAGAGGAGCUCUUCAGAUGAGUAAUUCUGUAAUGCAUCCAUACGAAACUGAUGCCCUUAAAGCUGUUUCCUCCUAUCAACAAAAAUUUGGCCGUAGUACGUUUUUCACGACUGACAGACUUCCAAGUCCAACCCCAUCUGAAGAUCAUGAUAAUGGGGACACUGACAUUGGUGAAGAAAUUUCCAGUUCUAUUCCCAAAAACUGCAAUAGUUUAAACACAUUGGGUCCUAAACAGCUUGUUGUUUCUUCUGUUCCCCAUGUGUCCAUUAGUACUGCUGGCUCCCUAAAUUCAGCAGCAACUCCUGUAUCAAGGAGUUCUCCAAAAAUCAAAGAUCCAAGACUUCGGGUCUUAAAUAACCCCCCAUCCCAAAGUUUCAACCCUGGAGUUGUUCCAGCUAUGUCAAAUAAUGAAAAUAUAAUUGUAGGUUUUGGGGAAAUGGUGGGAUCAAGAAAGCAGAGGACAGUUGAUGAACCUAUCCUUGGUGGUCCAGCAAUAAAAAGGCAUAAAAGUGAGCAGACAGACUCUGUUAUCAUCUCUAGUACUCCAUCUUAUACUGGGGGAGGUGGUUGGUCAGGAGUUAGAGGGGAUGGGUUUCCAGUUACUAAUAAUAACCUUCUCUUAAAGUCCAUGAAGGAUGUUAGUAAUUUGGAACAAGUAACAACUGCUGUCACAGCUCCUCCCACUGCACCGAAUGCCACAGUAAAUGCUAUUGAGAAUAUACCCGCAACAACCGCAAGUAUCGCAUCAACUACAAGUAUUGCAGCUACCUUGAGUGCUAUUGAGAAUAUACCUGCAACAACCACAAGUAUUGCAGCUACCUUGCAAUUUCUUUUAAAUGACAUUGCAGUAAAUCCAUCCACAUGGAUGGAUAGAUUUAAAAUGGGACAGCAGAGGUCUAUGGAGCCUUCCAAAAUCACAGCACAAUCCGUGAGCUCUUCUAAUAGUAGUAUGAGAGGCAUUCCGCCAAUGAAUGUGGCCCUUCCCCAAUCUUCCCCGACUGACCCCAGGCGGGGAGGAAUUCGUCAGGCUUCUCCGCAGAUAGCUACUCCAAAGGACGAUCUCGGGAAAAUCCGCAUGAAACCCCGUGACCCUCGGCGCAUCCUUCAUAACCCCUCAAUUCAAAAGGAUGAGAAAGCGGCUUUGGACCAAACUGGUGGUUUAAUUGCCAAAGUCCAGGUUGAACAGUUGGAUAAGAAGCCUGCAUUGGUCAAUUCCUCUGCUGCACCCGAUAUAUCUCACUUAUUUACUAAAAACUUGAAAAAUAUUGCCGACAUGAUCUCUGUUUCUCAACCACUUGUCUUCUCACCUCUAGCUUCUCAAAGUCCUCCAUCACAACAUACUCCCGUUUCUCAAGGUAAGUUGGAAGUGAAGGCGGUAGUUUUGGAUUCAAGCCAACUCCCAUCAUCUGAAGUGGCUUCUGUAAUCCACUCUCGACCUCAGAGCAGUUGGGGAGAUGUCGAGCAUCUCUUUGAAGGUUUUGAUGACCAACAGAAAGCUGCUAUCCAGAGAGAAAGGGCAAGAAGGAUAGAAGAACAAAAGAAAAUGUUUUCAGCAAAAAAGCUUUCCCUUGUCUUGGAUCUGGAUCAUACUUUACUGAAUUCAGCUAAGUUUAUUGAAGUAGAUCCAGUACACAAUGAAAUUUUGAGGAAAAAAGAAGAACAGGAGCGUGAAAAGCCUAAGAGGCAUCUAUUCAGAUUUCCUCAUAUGGCAAUGUGGACUAAGUUACGACCAGGGAUCUGGAACUUUUUGGAGAAGGCUAGCAAGCUUUUUGAGCUACACCUCUACACAAUGGGAAACAAACUUUAUGCGACCGAGAUGGCAAAACUACUUGAUCCAAAAGGUGAUAUGUUUUCUGGAAGAGUUGUAUCCAGAGGCGAUGAUGCAGAUCCCAUUGAUGGUGAUGAAAGGGUGGUUCCUAAGAGCAAAGACCUGGAGGGUGUUUUGGGGAUGGAAUCAUCUGUUGUGAUUAUUGAUGAUUCUGUGAGAGUUUGGCCUCAUAACAAACUAAAUCUUAUUGUUGUGGAAAGGUAUAUUUACUUCCCUUGCAGUAGGCGCCAGUUUGGCCUACCAGGCCCCUCUCUUCUUGAGAUUGAUCAUGAUGAGAGACCUGAAGCUGGGACUUUGGCAUCUUCUUUGGCGGUCAUUGAAAAAAUCCAUCAGAUGUUUUUUGAGCAUCCAUCCUUGGAUGAAGCUGAUGUCAGGAACAUCUUAGCCACAGAACAAAGACGGAUACUUUCUGGGUGCCGGAUUGUCUUCAGUAGGGUUUUUCCCGUUGGAGAAGCUAAUCCACACUUGCAUCCGUUGUGGCAAACCGCCGAACAGUUUGGUGCUGUGUGUACAAACCAGAUUGAUGAGAAGGUGACCCAUGUAGUUGCCAAUUCUCUUGGCACUGAUAAGGUCAACUGGGCUCUUGCUACUGGAAGAUUUGUCGUUCAUCCUGGCUGGGUGGAGGCAUCAGCUUUGCUCUAUCGGAGAGCAAAUGAACACGACUUUGCAAUUAAAUCAUAAACGAACAAAAAAUUCCCCACACCUGAUAAAAAAUUCUGACGCGUAAAAUCCCACAAGUGUGAGAUAUGAGUUGGGAAAAACCAGUCAAGUCAGUCUGCGCAAAACUGAAUGAACCAUCCAACCCUAUCCGACCUUGUUCCUCUUCCUAUCCUUUUUCACCAAAUGAAAGAAUCGUAAACAAGAGAAAAAGUCGGCUUAGGGGUAUAGAAGUCCAGCUAUCCCCCUAGUGUAUAAUAGGAUUGGUUCUAGACAGAAUUAAGAUGGGAAAUGCGGCUGGUUGACCUGCGAAGGGGGUCAGACCUGAACUUUAUAGAAGCAUUCUUGCCAUGGCUGAUGUCGUUGGUCAUAAUUUUAAAAAGGAAACAGAUCCCAUUUUUAGUGGUGUGGAGAUAGAGGGAAUCAUUCUUACACAAGAGUCAAGAUGUCACUACUGAGUGAGGGGUGGCAGUGACUGGAUAAUUGUUUACUGCAUAAAUUGGGGACUGUUGAGGAGCCAGCCAAGCCAUGCUCCAUAAUAGUCCCAGGUCAAAUGGCUGAGCAAAUACAAACACAGAAUAUGCCUGAUUCAAUUUUAAAUUAUAUAAUCUCGUCUCUUUUGCCUUUUUUCUUACAAAAUUUUUGCAUGGCG